AUGAAAUUGCUGCUUGUUGUUGCUGCUGUUCUGGCUGUAUCCAGCUGUGCCAGCAUCUCUCUGGAAGAUCUGGAGUUUCAUGCCUGGAAACUCAAAAUUGAAAAAUCCUAUGCCUCUCCAUCAGAGAAGGCUCAAAGGAAGCAGAUCUGGCUCAACAACCGCAAACUUGUGCUAAUUCACAAUGCUUUGGCAGACCAGGGUUUGAAGUCCUACUGCCUUGGGAUGACCCAGUUUGCUGAUAUGGAAAAUCAAGAGUACAAAAAGCUGAUUUCCCAGGGCUGCCUUGGCUCCUUCAAUGAUUCUCUGCCUCGACGUGGCUCUACCUUCAAUCGGCUGCCUAAAGGUACAGUCCUGCCCAAAACUGUUGACUGGAGGGAUAAGGGAUACGUUACUAAAGUUAAGGAUCAGCAGCAGUGUGGCUCCUGCUGUGCCUUCAGUGCAACUGGUGCACUGGAGGGUCAGCACUUCAAGAAGACAGGAAAGUUGGUGCCUCUAAGUGAGCAGCAGUUGGUCGACUGCUCUUGUAAAUUUCGCAACCAUGGCUGCAAUGGAGACUUGAUGAACUGGGCCUUUCAGUACAUCAGAGACAAUGGAGGAGUUGACACUGAGAAGUCCUACCAUUAUGAGGCUAAAGAUGGACAAUGCCGUUACAGGUCUAAUUCUAUUGGUGCCAAAUGCAAUGGUUAUGUUAAUGUAAGUCCAUUUGAAGAAGCCCUCAAGGAAGCCGUGGCUACUAUUGGACCAAUAUCUGUGGCCAUUGAUGUUUCUCAUAAGUCGCUUCAGCUCUAUGAAUCAGGAGUGUAUGAUGAACACAGGUGCAGCAACAUACACUUGAACCAUGCUGUGCUGGCUGUGGGUUAUGGCACUGAGAAUGGACAUGAUUACUGGCUGGAAAAGAAUAGUUGA